CACAAUCCCCACAAGAUUUUAAUUAGAGAAUACACAGUCUCUCAUUGGCCACAAACCCUAAACAAAAUCAUUCCUCAAAUCUGUUCAUAUGAAUGGGAAAUGACAGACUUUUCCUCCUCUCUCUCUCACCUUAAUUCACCAUCACCGCUAACUGAAAACUAUGAAAAAGAUCCCACCUUUCUUGAUCACACUCUCAUACAACAAAAACCCAAAUUCGAGUGGGAUUUCUCUCUCUCCGCCGUCGUCUCUUCCGCCGCCUCUCUCUCAGAUACUCUCGGCGUCGUUGAAUUCGACCCUUCUGAUACUCUCUUCGCCACCGGCGGAAUCGCAAGGAAAAUCCGCGUUUAUAAUUUGAAUUCUCUCCUCUCAAAUGGCGGCGCGUGUGAUUACUACAUCUGUACUCCGGCGAAACUUAGUAGCCUGAGAUGGAAACCUCACUCUGCCGGUCGGGUUAUUGGAUCAUGUGACUAUGACGGAGUUGUAACGGAGUAUGACCUCGAGAAACGGGUGCCCGUUUUCGAGCGGGAUGAGCACGGCGGUCGUCGGGUAUGGGCAAUGGAUUAUUCUAAUUGGGAUCCGGUUAUAGGCGGGUCAGCAUCCGACGAUGGUACAAUGCAAGUCUGGGAUCCACGAUGCGAUGGUGGAAGCUCCAUUGCAAUAAUCCGACCCAGCAGUUCGAACCAGAUCCCGGUUUGUGCGGUCGAAUUUGAUCCGUCCGGAGGACCAAUGGUGGCCGUCGGAUGUGCUGAUCGGAGAGCAUACGGGUUUGAUAUCCGACGGCUAUCCGUUCCGGUUUUUCAACUUGAUGGACACAAGAGAACGGUGGCUUACGUUAGAUUUCUUGAUAAUCAGACGGUAGUGACGUCUGGUACAGACGGUUGCUUGAAGCUGUGGCGCACAGCUGAUCAGCGACCGAUACGGACGUACGUUGGCCACGUCAACGCUAGGAGAUUUGUGGGCCUGUCUGUUUGGAGAAACGGUGGGUUAUUGGGCUGUGGAUCGGAAAAUAAUAAAGUUUUUGUUUAUGAUAAAAGAUGGGGAGAGCCCAUUUGGUGUAAUGGGAUUGGGCCUAAUGGGCAGCUCGGAGAUGCAUUUGUAAGUUGUGUUUGUUGGCGUCAGAUGACGGCGGAAGAUCAAUGUACGUUGGCGGUCGGUGGAUCGAACGGGGUUUUGCAUUUGUUUGAAGGGAAGAGAAAGAUUCAGUCACAGUAGUCGAGGAUGAGGGUAAAUUUUAUAAUUUGCUUCUUGUCAAUUUAACAUAUGAAUAUCUUUACUAUUAUUUGGGGGCAUUUUACUAACACGGUAAAAAGAGAUGAUUUAAACAUGUUUGGGUCAUGAAAAGUAUCUAGUUUCGUUACAUAACUUACAUGUUUACACUUAAUUUUCUAAUAUAUUUGUCUACCUAUUAAUUUCUUUUUAUUACCUCUAAUUAAAAUUAUAAUU